AUGUUUGGCGGAGCUCAAUCACCGGCGAGAUUCACGCGCGUUGCCCUCAGUUACAACAACAACAUUCAAACCUAUAAUGGCGAGAUCUAUGGCAUCGAUGGUGGAUACGCAAUAUCUGCUAACUUCGACGGUGGCAAGUACAUCUAUCUGGUCGGUGGCAGUCUGUACCAAAAGGUGCUUCACCGUGUAGACCGCUUCAACAUCGACACGCUCAAGUUCAACCAUGUUGGUACCUUCCACCAAUCAGGAAUAGGGUUUGUAGGCCAAUGCGAGAACAAGUACGCGUACUACCUCAACAACAAACUCUACCUGGUCAAUCAAUAUGUUGGGACCAGCGCAAUGGAAUACAGACUCCUCUCAUUCGACGUGAAGACGGGAGCCAGAUUGGUUAUCCUCGAGAAGUUCUUGAGGCAUACAUUGACAGGCUGUUGUUUCGAUGGCGUGGAUAACAUCUAUUUCAGGAUGCAUGAGGAAUUCAUACGAGUAUCAUUGUCCAGCAAGUUGGAGACCAAACUGGCACCAUGUCCAAUCAGAAAUGGAAAGUUGGAGUAUGAUUCAUCGUUUGGAAUAUACAGCAUCUAUGAUAAUCAUAACGACUAUCGCUACUCAAUCCAAGAUAACAAGUGGACAUUGAUCCUAGAGAAUAACCGGUUAAAUGAUCGAACUAAUUCAAGAUACUCUGGACAUUGUUUGAUACUUGAUUAA